AUGCCUGCUCCCGUAGGUAACCCGCAGACCCUUUACGACAAGGUUCUGUCGGCGCACAUUGUCGACGAGAAGCUCGAUGGCACAAUCCUCCUGUACAUUGACCGACACCUGGUCCACGAGGUGACAUCACCUCAAGCUUUCGAGGGCCUCAAGAAUGCUGGCCGAAAGGUCCGACGACCAGACUGCACUCUGGCCACAACUGAUCACAAUGUCCCCACCACUUCCCGCAAGGGCUUGAAGGACAUCGGCUCCUUCAUUGAGGAGGACGACUCCCGAACGCAAUGUGUUACCCUCGAGGAGAACGUCAAGGACUUUGGUCUCACAUACUUUGGUCUUGGUGACAAGCGACAAGGCAUUGUCCAUGUCAUUGGCCCCGAGCAGGGAUUCACUCUGCCUGCUACGACCGUGGUCUGCGGUGACAGCCACACCUCUACACACGGUGCCUUCGGCGCCCUCGCUUUCGGUAUCGGUACUAGUGAGGUCGAGCACGUCUUGGCCACCCAGUGCCUGAUCACCAAGCGUAGCAAGAACAUGAGGAUACAGAUCGACGGCGAGUUGUCCCCCGGUGUCGGCUCUAAGGACGUUGUCCUCCAUGCCAUUGGCCUCAUCGGUACCGCCGGUGGUACUGGAGCUGUCAUUGAGUUCUGUGGCUCUGUCAUCCGAAGCCUCAGCAUGGAGGCCCGUAUGUCCAUCUGCAACAUGUCAAUUGAGGGUGGUGCGCGUUCUGGUAUGGUCGCCCCUGAUGAGAUCACCUUCGAGUACCUCAAGGGUCGACCUCUGGCCCCCAAGUACGGCUCCGCUGCCUGGGAUAAGGCCACCGCCUACUGGAAGUCUCUUCAGUCCGACCCUGGUGCCAAGUACGAUAUCGAUGUCUUCAUUGACGCCAAGGACAUCAUCCCCACUGUCACCUGGGGAACCAGCCCCGAGGAUGUCAUCCCCAUCACCGGCACUGUCCCCGACCCGGAGACCUUCUCCACCGAGGCCAAGAAGGCCAGUGGCCGCCGAAUGCUUGAGUACAUGGGCCUCACUGCUGGUACCCCUAUGGAGGAUAUCGAAGUUGACAAGGUCUUCAUUGGCUCCUGCACCAACUCCCGAAUUGAGGACUUGCGCGCUGCCGCCAACGUCGUCAAGGGACGAAAGAUCGCCGCCAACAUUAAACGUGCUCUGGUGGUCCCUGGUUCCGGGCUGGUCAAGAAGCAGGCCGAGGACGAGGGUCUCGAUCAAAUUUUCCUCGAUGCUGGUUUCGAGUGGCGAGAGGCUGGAUGCAGCAUGUGUCUGGGCAUGAACCCCGAUAUUCUGGCUGCCAAGGAGCGAUGCGCCAGCACUUCCAACCGAAACUUCGAGGGUCGCCAGGGUGCCGGCUCUCGAACUCACUUGAUGUCUCCCGUUAUGGCUGCUGCCGCGGGCAUUAUUGGCAAGCUAUCCGAUGUGCGUAAGCUGUCUCACUACACCCACGACUCCACCUUCAAGGCCCGCGAGAUGCCCACCGAGGAGCCUCACGUCGAUGAGCGAACCAAGGACGAUUCAGAGGAGCGGGAGAUCAUUGGCGACCAACCCCAGGACCUCCUCCCCCACACCAACACUCUGGCCGUUAGCGAUUCGGCUGGUCUGCCCAAGUUCACCAUCUGGAAGGGCACUGCUGCUCCCCUGGACAUGUCCAACGUCGACACCGACGCCAUCAUCCCCAAACAGUUCCUCAAGACCAUCAAACGAACUGGUCUCGGCGUUGCUGCUUUCCACGCCCUCCGUUACAAUGCCGACGGCUCGGAGAACAAGGAUUUCGUCUUGAACAAGGAGCCUUAUCGCAAGACCAAGAUCCUUAUUUGCACUGGUCCUAACUUUGGUUGCGGUAGCUCCCGAGAGCACGCCCCUUGGGCUCUCCUUGACUUCGGUAUCAAGGUCAUCAUUGCUCCCUCGUUUGCCGAUAUCUUUUUCAACAACACUUUCAAGAACGGCAUGUUGCCCAUCAAGAUCGACAGCAAGGCCGACAUUGACGCCAUCGCUGCCGAGGCUCGUGCUUUCCGGGACGUCGAGAUCGACCUCCCCAACCAGCUCAUCAAGAACGCCGCUGGCGAGACCAUUUGCGCCUUCGAGGUGGAGGAGUUCCGAAAACACUGCCUGAUUAACGGUCUGGACGACAUCGGCCUGACCAUGCAGCAGGAGGACAAGAUUACCGAGUUCGAGAAGCGUAUGACUGCCGAGACCCCCUGGCUGGACGGCACCGGCUACCUGAAGCGCCCCGGCCAGGGCGGCAAGCUUGCUGUCAAGGCUGUUCCCGUUCCCAAGACGAAUCGCGGCGCGGAGAAGACCGAGCCUCUGGACUGGUAA